AUGGCGGGCGAAGAGGACCAACACGAUCUCGGGCUCUCACUUGGGGGACUUUACCGAGGCAACUCGGGUGGGGCCCGCAUGGCACGCGCUGUGUCGGUGGGAGUCAAUGUGACUGAGGUUGCGGCGGCGCCGAGUCCCAGGGCGGUUUCUCUGCCGUCGGUUAGGGAGCUGGAGAUGAUGAGGGUCUCUGAGGUUCAGUUUCUGAGCAGGGCGAUGGCUACAAGCCUGAGGUUGACUAUUCAGGAGGAAAAGGCUAAGAAAGCUCCGGCAGCGGCGUGUAUAUAUGGAUCUGGACGCUUGGCUGCAACAAGCAACACAGUUAGUUCUGAGCUUAAGUCUGGAGAAGGGAGCUCCAAUCAGCCUGUGGUCACCACGACAAUGAUGGCUAACACAAAAAAGGUGAAGGCUGAUGACCCUGAACAAGACAGUGCAGCAAAGAGGGCUAGAGUUUAUCAUGGCAAUGUUGUGAGGCCAAUUAGGCGUGAAGGGAUGGUUAGAAUGCCUUCUGUGAAAACCAUUGGGGCUGAUGGGAAGAAAGUGGAAGGGUACCUGUACAAGUAUCUUGAAGGAAAAGUGCGGAUUGUAUGUGCUUGCCAUGGGACUUUCCAGUCCCCAGCGGAGUUCGUCAAGCAUGCCGGUGGCAAUGAGGUCGCCAAUCCUUUGAAGCAAAUCACUGUUUCCCUUGAUUAA